AUGGCAUCAUCAGCAGCUAAAACUGGCGUUGAACUAGCGACUUUCGGAGCUGGUUGUUUUUGGGGAACGGAGAAAUUCUUUCGUAAACAAUUCGGCAAUAAUCUUCUCUCUGCUAUGGUUGGUUAUAUGGGUGGCGCUUCGAAGACGACUUAUGAAGAUGUUUGUACAGGCACUACGAAUCAUGCAGAAGUCUUACAAGUUUCGUACGAUCCAAGUAAAGUCGUCUAUGCUGAUCUCGUCCGAUUCUUCUUUCGUAUGCAUGAUCCAACGACAUUAAAUCGACAAGGAAAUGAUCGGGGUACUCAAUAUCGUUCGGUGAUAUUUACUCAUACAAAUGAACAGCAGAAAACAGCUGAACAAGUACGUGAUGAAGUACAAGCAAGUGGUAAAGUUAAAGGACAAAUUGUCACACAAAUACAACCAGCGGAUGGCCUUCAAUUCUUCAAAGCUGAACAAUAUCAUCAAAAAUAUUUAGAAGAAAAUCCAGGUGGAUAUUGUAAUCACCGACUUUAUUACUAA